CGCCUCUCCGGCGUCUACUUCCACUAUCAACGGCGGUUCCAUGGCGGAGGACGAAGAGGAGAUCUACGACGGUUUUCGGUCACACUUUCCCCUCGCGUUCGGCAAGCAAUCCAAGUCCCUUACCCCUCUUGAAGCCAUCCAUAACGCCACUGCUCGCCGUCCAUCGACCGCCGCGGCCACCACCACCGACCGACAGGACGACAACAACCAAGGCCUCCCUUCUCUGUCCUCCUCAUCCAAAGCCUGGUUGACCUCUCUUCGAAACCCUAAAUCCACCUCCACUUCGCGUCAUCGCGAGGAUGCUAGCCUUACAAACCCUAGCUCUUCCAGCGCCGAUGAUGAUGUUGCCGUUGGACCCCCUCGGCCACCUCCGGCUGAUGAGGAUGAUGGCGGUGUGAUGAUCGGACCGUCUCGGCCACCUCCGGUGGCUUCGAAUUCAGAUGAUGAUGAGGAUGAGGAUGGUGAUGGUGCCAUGAUUGGACCACCGCGACCACCACCGGCGGAGAUGGAUGAUGAUGAUGGUAGCGUGAUGAUUGGACCGCCGCGUCCGCCGCCAACGGAUUCGGAUUCCGAUGAUGAUUUGGCCGAAGAAGAAGAAGAAGAAGAAGAAGAAGAAGAAGAGAAUCGGCAUCGGAUUCCGUUGAGUAAUGAGAUUGUGCUCAAGGGGCAUUCCAAGGUUGUUUCGGCUCUUGCUGUUGAUCACUCGGGAUCCAGAGUUCUUUCCGGUAGUUAUGAUUAUACAGUCCGGAUGUAUGACUUUCAAGGGAUGAAUUCUCGUUUGGCAUCAUUUAGACAGCUGGAACCAUCUGAAGGUCACCAAGUUCGUAAUUUAAGUUGGAGUCCAACUUCAGAUCGUUUUUUGUGUGUGACAGGAUCAGCUCAAGCUAAGAUAUAUGACCGUGAUGGACUCACUCUAGGUGAGUUCGUAAAGGGGGACAUGUAUAUUCGUGAUCUAAAGAAUACCAAGGGGCACAUAUCUGGAUUAACUUGUGGGGAGUGGCACCCCAAGACAAAGGAGACAAUUUUAACAUCAUCAGAAGAUGGAUCACUGCGUAUAUGGGAUGUAAACGAUUUCAAAAGUCAAAAGCAGGUCAUCAAGCCAAAACUUGCAAGGCCUGGAAGAGUUCCAGUUACUACCUGUGCUUGGGAUCAUGAAGGAAAAUGCAUCGUGGGUGGUAUAGGAGAUGGUUCUAUACAGUUAUGGAACCUUAAGCCUGGAUGGGGAAGCAGGCCAGAUAUACAUGUUGAAAGUGGUCAUUCAGAUGAAAUCACUGGGCUUAAGUUCUCUAGUGAUGGGCGUAUUCUAUUGUCAAGAAGCUUUGAUGGCUCACUGAAGGUUUGGGAUUUGCGUCAAAUGAAGAAGCCUCUUCAGGUGUUUGAAGAUCUCCCAAAUCACUAUGCUCAAACAAAUAUUGCAUUUAGUCCUGAUGAGCAACUCAUUUUAACUGGAACGUCUGUCGAAAGAGAGAGCACAAAUGGAGGCCUGUUGUGCUUCUACGACCGAGCAAAACUUGAACUUGUGUCAAGAGUUGGAAUAUCCCCAACUUGUAGUGUGGUGCAGUGUACUUGGCACCCAAAACUGAAUCAGAUAUUUGUCACAGCUGGGGAUAAAAGCCAAGGAGGAACCCAUGUACUAUAUGAUCCAACUCUUAGUGAGAGAGGCGCUCUCGUCUGUGUUGCACGUGCACCAAGGAAAAAGUCGGUUGAUGAUUUUGAGGCAAAGCCUGUAAUUCACAAUCCUCAUGCACUGCCCUUAUUUAGAGAACAACCAAGCCGUAAACGUCAGCGAGAGAAAAUCCUGAAGGACCCAAUCAAAUCCCAUAAGCCUGAACUUCCCAUGACAGGACCAGGCUUUGGUGGAAGAGUUGGUUCUACUAAGGGAAGCUUGUUGACCCAGUACCUCCUUAAGCAAGGGGGUUUGAUUAAGGAAACCUGGAUGGAGGAGGAUCCAAGAGAAGCUAUACUCAAGUAUGCGGAUGUUGCAGCAAAUGACCCAAAAUUCAUUGCUCCAGCAUAUGCGCAAACUCAACCCGAACCAGUUUUUGCAAAGUCAGAUUCUGAAGAUGAAGAGAAAUAAUAUGUAUAUGCUGAAGAUGAAGAGGGAUAGUAUGUAUGUAUUGCAUUCUUCUUUUGCUACUAAUUUUUAUCAGAUAACUGGAGUGUUUUAGCCUUGACAGUCAAGCUCUUUGUACUCAUCUGCUGAGGGAAUCCUUUGUUUUCUUUCUUUUCUCCAUGAAACAUAUCCUUAAAGACAGAAACUUUGAGUUAUUGUCAAGGUUAAUUUCAUUCACUUCUUUUCAA